AUGGCUGCAUCAGUUGCUAUGCAAUUGCUCCUGGCAAGUCCUCUGACUACUAGCCUUACUAACAGAAAUAGGGUAAUCCAGUUUUUUCCCGUAAGACAUGUGCCUCGUUUGAAAAGGAACGCCAAUGUAUGCAUCUGCUGCUCUGCAGAGGAAUAUGUGGAGGAGUAUUUAGCGAGUAGAAAAUCUUUUGAUGUGCUAUCUAGGGGAGAAGUAGCGGAGAGGAUCAACGGGAGGUUGGCGAUGAUUGGCUUUGUUGCAGCCAUGGCAGUCGAGUUAUCCAAGGGCCAGGAUCUGUUCACUCAGAUAUCUGAUGGUGGGAUUCCAUGGUUACUGGGAACCAGCAUUGUGAUAGCAGUAGCAUCUUCGAUCCCAUUGUUAAAAGGGGUGACAGUUGAGUCGAGUUCUGUGGGGAUUUUAACCUCAGAUGCUGAGCUGUGGAAUGGGAGAUUUGCCAUGUCGGGUUUUCUUGCUUUGGCAUUCGCUGAAUAUCUCAAGGGCGGAACCCUUUUCUAA